UCAGAUACAGGAGACCAGAGCGGGACUCUCCAUCCCCUGGCCGGACGCCUCCUCCCCAUCGCCAGCCCCAGCCCCCUGGCUGCUCCUGUCCUGGGAAGGCUUGGAGGAAGAGGCCAGGGAAACAGCCCUGCCCCUUCCCCCCCAUCCCUCCAUCCACCCAGCACCAGCAUCUGGAGACCCCAUGGCCCGGGCUCGCUGGGGCUGCUGCCCCUGGCUUGUCCUCCUCUGUGCUUUGGGUGCCUGGGGCCACCCAAAACAAGUGGACCUGAGAGGAGAGGAUGUGAGAAACUGUUCCCUCAGCCCUCCGUACCUUCCAGUUACUGCGGUCAAUACCACGGCGCAGCUCACAGCCCUCCGCCAGCAGAUGCGCGUCCAGAAUCUUUCUGCCUACAUCAUCCCCGAAACGGAUGCCCAUAUGAGUGAGUACAUCGGCAAUCGCGACAAGAGGCGUGCGUGGAUUACGGGCUUUACAGGGUCUGCAGGAACUGCAGUGGUGACCAUGGGGAAGGCAGGUCUCUGGACCGACAGUCGUUACUGGACCCAGGCUGAGCGGCAGAUGGACUGCAACUGGGAGCUACAUAAAGAAGUUGACAUAACUUCCAUCACCACCUGGCUCCUCACUGAGGUUCCUGCCGGAGGGAGUGUGGGCUUCGACCCCUUUCUCUUCUCCAUUGGUUCCUGGGAGAGUUAUGACAUGGCCCUCAAAAACUCUAACAUACAACUGGUGUCCAUCACAGCCAACCUUGUGGACCUGGCGUGGGAGUCAGAGAAGCCUCUGGUUCCAAGCCAGCCCAUUUAUGCCCUGCAGGACGCAUUCACAGGGAGCCCCUGGCAGGAGAAGGUAGCUGGCAUCCGCAGCCAGAUGCAGAAGCAUCGUAAGGGCCCAACUGCCGUCCUUCUGUCGGCGCUCGAUGAGACGGCCUGGCUCUUCAACCUCCGCGGCAGUGACAUCCCUUAUAACCCCUUCUUCUAUUCCUACACACUGCUCACGGACUCCUCUAUCAGGUUAUUUAUAAACAAGAGUUGCCUUGACUCUGAGACCCGGAAGUACCUGAACUCCAGCUGCACGGGCUCCAUGUGUGUGCAACUCGAAGAUUACAGCCAGGUCCGUAGCAAUGUCCAGACCUACGCCUCCGGAGAUGUGAAAAUCUGGAUUGGGACCAGCUAUACUACAUACGGGCUCUACGAAGUGAUACCUACGGAGAAGCUCAUAGGAGACACCUACUCCCCGGUGAUGGUGACGAAGGCGAUGAAAAACAGCAAGGAGCAGGCCCUCCUCAGGGCCAGCCAUGUACGGGACGCCGUGGCUGUGAUCCGCUACUUGGUCUGGCUGGAGAAGAACGUCCCCAAGGGCACGGUGGAUGAGUUCUCAGGGGCAGAGCUGCUGGACCAGUUCCGCGGAGAGGAAACAUUCUCCUCGGGACCUAGUUUCGAAACCAUCUCUGCUAGUGGCCUGAACGCUGCCUUGGCCCACUACAGUCCGACCAAGGAGCAGCACCGGAAGCUGUCUUCAGAUGAGAUGUACCUGCUGGAUUCUGGGGGGCAAUACUGGGAUGGAACCACAGACAUCACCAGAACAGUCCACUGGGGUACCCCCUCUGCCUUCCAAAAGGAGGCAUAUACCCGCGUGUUGAUAGGAAAUAUCGAUCUGUCCAGACUCAUCUUUCCUGCUAGUACAUCAGGGCGAAUGAUGGAGAUCUUUGCCCGCAGAGCCUUGUGGGAUGUUGGGCUCAAUUAUGGUCACGGGACAGGCCAUGGCAUUGGCAACUUCCUGUGUGUGCACGAGUGGCCAGUUGGAUUCCAGUCUGGCAACAUCCCCAUGGCCAAGGGCAUGUUCACUUCCAUCGAACCUGGUUACUAUCAGGAUGGAGAAUUCGGGAUACGUCUUGAAGAUGUGGCCCUCGUGGUAGAAGCAAAGACCAAGUACCCAGGGUCCUACCUGACCUUUGAAGUGGUGUCCUUGGUGCCCUAUGACCGGAACCUCAUUGAUGUCAGCCUGCUGUCUCCAGAGCACCUCCAGCACCUGAACCACUAUCACCAGACCAUCCGAGAGAAGGUGGGCCCAGAGCUGUUGCAGCGCCAGCUGCUGGAGGAGUUCAAGUGGCUGUGGGAGCACACGGAGCCCCUGCCCGCAAGGGCGCCGCACACGGCCUCCUUGGCCUCUCUGUUGGCAGUCUCCUCUCUUACCGUCCUCGGCUGGAGUGUCUAGAAGCUCAGACUCCCUGGCCAACCCUUGAGCUCAGCUCCCCUCAUCCUGCACCACCUGCACCCCCAGAGUCCCUGCCGGCCCAUUGCCCAGAGACCAUUGCCCUCAACUUCCUUCUCCAGGACUAAGCCCCAGGGACACAGGGCUUCUUGG